GGUCCGUUUGUAUCCAUUUGACUUGAGCCAGUCACGCCCGUCAACUCAGGCAGAUUACUCGUGCUUGUUUACGUUAAUAAAAUUUUAUAUACUAAUUAUGGUGAAAAUACAUAACUUUGGGGCGGGUCCAGCUAAAAUGCCGGAAGAAGUGUACAAUAUAUUACGCGAUGAGUUAACGAAUUUUGAAGGAACCGGCAUUAGUUUACUUGAAACAAGUCAUCGUACAGCUCCUUAUAUGAAUUUAAAUACAGAAGUUCAAAACGUGGUGAGACGAUUAUUAAAUGUGCCAGAAAAUUACAAAAUCCUCUUCUUGGCUGGUGGCGGACAGGGACAAUUCGCAGCUGUUCCUCUCAACUUGAUAUCAAGGACAGGAACAGCCGACUAUGUUGUUACUGGUGACUGGUCGGCAAAAGCGGCAAAAGAAGCAAAAAAGUAUGGCAAAGUCAAUCUUGUGCUUCCACCUACUGAAAAAUAUGUGGACAUUCCUGACCAGUCUAAAUGGAAACUGGAUCCUAAUGCUUCUUAUGUACACAUCUGCACCAAUGAGACUAUUCAUGGUGUGGAGUUUGACUUCAUUCCAGAUACAAAAGGAGUGCCUCUUGUAGCUGACAUGUCUUCCAAUUUCAUGUCAAAGAAAGUUGAUGUUUCUAAGUUCGGGGUAAUCUACGGAGGAGCUCAAAAGAACAUUGGUACGUCAGGUGUAGCUCUAGUGAUCGUCAGGGAAGACCUCCUCAACCAUGCGUUGCCAAUUUGCCCAUCCAUCUUUGACUGGACCAUCACCUACAAGGCGGACUCUAUCCUGAACACACCUCCUAUGUAUGCCAUUUACAUAAUGGGCCGUGUUCUCCAAUGGAUAGAAAGGCAAGGCGGUCUUGAUAAAAUGUCUGAAUUGGCUGAAAAGAAAUCCAAACUUGUUUACGAUACCAUUGACCAAUCUAACGGCUUUUACUAUGCACCAGUAGCUAAGAAAGUUAGGAGCCGGAUGAACAUACCGUUCAGAAUUGGAUCUCCCGCAGGCAAUGACGCUUUGGAAAAGGAGUUCUUGAAAGGCGCCGAGGCCUUGGGACUUAUUCAGCUUAAAGGACACAGGAGUGUCGGCGGCAUUCGUGCUUCUACCUACAAUGCUGUCACGCUAGAAGAAGUCCAAUACUUGGUCAAAUACAUGAAAGAAUUUCAUGAAAAGCAUGCCAAGUAAGCGGUCGUAAAGUAUUUUUAUAUUGUCUACUAUUGUAAUAUGUAUUAUAUAACGUGCCUUAAAAUUUCGGCUGUGUAUAUUUUUUCUGUUGUC